GGAGCGCAUAAGAGGGCGGACGUAUAAUUUUCUUCCUAAGAAGAACUCAUGUAAGUGCAAUAAAUAUCUACUACAUUACCGAACAAUACAGAGGUCUUAUUGAGGUGGAAGGAUAGGUGUUUCGUGCGAAAUCAACGCGAACGACCAGUGAAUAUAGACCCCUGAGCUACGAAGGUCUCAUUAUAGUGGACGGACAGCUGUUUUGUUCGAGACCAUCGCGACCGACCAUUGAUUACUGACCCCCAGCGUACCUGUAUCGCAUCCUCCUUUAACUCAUUGAUUUCUAGUACUUUGUGUCGAAGUUAUACGAAUACGCACUAUGCCGCUGAGACACUCUCCUCCCUCUGCGUCUGCCCCUGCGCAACCGCUCGCGCAAACACAUGUUUCGCAUGCGCCUGCAACGCUUGACUGUGAGUCGUAUUCCUUAUCAGAUAAUGACGCCAGUACGCAGCGACAAAAGCGUAAAAGAACAAGUACGACCGAUGCGCAACUGGCUGGUUUUAUGGCGGAAAUGAGGAGUUUGUUUUUUAGUUUCAAGGAACAACAGGAUAAUAAAUUAAAUAAAAUUUGUAGCACUAUCGAAGAAGUAAAAACUCAAAAUAAUGAUAUAAGAGCUUCUAUUGAAUUUCUCUCGAGCAAAUACGAUAGCGUUUUGGAACAGGUUAACACGCUUAAGGAGGAAGUUUCGCAGAAUCAAAAAUAUAUUGCAAUAUUAGAAGAUAAACUAGAAAGGUUUGAAAGAAGCUCCCGUUCUACCUGUAUUGAGAUUAAGAAUAUACCGGUUGAGAAAUCGGAAACAAAGGCUUCUUUAUUAAAAACGUUUACUGAUAUCGGUUCACUUCUUUCCACCACUGUACACUCUCACGAAAUAAAAGACAUAUUUCGCAUCAAUUCCAAAAACUCCGAAAAGAAAACUACUAUGAUAAUCGAGUUAACAAGUGUAAUUGCAAAGGACGCAUAUCUGAAUGCAUAUAAAAAAUAUAUCAAAAGUCAUGGUAAUUUGACCACCGAAAAUUUAAAAAUACCUGGAUCCGCUGUGCCUAUAUUUAUUUCCCAAAAUCUGACAGCCAAAAUGAAACGUUUAUUUUAUCUUGCUCAGGUAUUUGCCAAUAGUAAUGAUUUUAAAUAUUGUUGGUCUACUAAUGGAAAAAUUUUUAUUCGGGAGAAAGAAGGUGCCACUCUUCAUUGGAUCAAGGAUGAAAACGACUUACAAAAACUAGUUAUACAAAAAUGACUGGUUUUCCCUUGUAUAACAUGUAUUAUUUUUUAUUGUAUAGUUAAUUUACUUUGUAAAAUUAGUUUGAUACUCAAUUUUAGUUCAACGUUGGUUUUUUGUGAACUCUUUUUUAAUUACACACAUCCACAGACAUCUUUACACACAUUUUACUUCAACCUUGCACACACAUUUAAAACAAAUUGUUCUAAAACUUUAAUUUUACCGACUGUAUAUAGAAAUCGAUUGGGUCUCGUAAAUAAAAUUAUGUGCUCAGAGAUAUAUUAUAUAUACAUUUAUAUUUGUUCGUAUAUAAACUGUUAUAAAAUUAAAACUGAUUAUGGCUGAAUGCCUAAAAAUAAAUUCAGAAUUGGACCUUAUAUCUGUUGGUAGCUCAUAUACUUGCUCGCCGGAAAAUUCUAUUAAUUAUCUGCCUGAUGCGAAUAAUACUUUGAAAAUUCUGCAUGUUAAUAUAAGAAGCAUUGGUAAUAGUAGUAACUUUGAUGGGCUGUGUAUUCUGUUGCAAAGGUUUUCAUUUGAAAUCGAUAUUAUUAUACUGUCUGAAUGUUGGUUGAGUAAAUGUCCAAAUAUUCCUAACAUAACUGGAUAUUUAUCACAUAAUUCCAAAUUCACCAACCAAAAUGAUGGGGUUGUGGUUUAUAUAAAACAGAGCUUGCAUUUUUCUGUCGAGGAACCUCAGAUAGACGACUCUAGCGGUCUCGUUAUAAAACUCUCAACAGAAGUUGCUAUUCUUGCAAUGUAUCGCUCCCCGUCUUACAAAAAUGUUGAUAAAUUUUUGUUUGCAUUGGACUGCUUUCUACCUUCAUUAAGGUCUUUUAAAACGGUAGCUCUGAUCGGUGAUCUAAAUAUAAAUAUAUCAUCUGAAAGUAAUGAUGGUUGCUCUGAUAAGUAUCUUAAUCUGCUGGCUUCUCAUGCUAUGUUGCCCGGCCAUAAUUUACCAACUCGCCAUCAGAAUUGUAUUGACCAUGUGAUUUUAAGAACAGACAGAACAGCUGUUUCUCUCGUACUAGAUUCCCAUUUUACUGAUCACUCACCAGUUUUGUCAUUUGUUGGUUUUACUUGUACUAAAAAUAAACAAAAUCAUACAAUAAAUAGGGUUGAUAUUGCGGCCUGUGUAGGGGAACUUGAGAAGACAAACUUCUCAUCUGUUUUGCAGAAUUCUGACGCAGAGAAUGCUGCAAAUUCUUUAGUUAAUAUCGUGUCUCAUAUAGUGAAAUCUAACUCCAGCGUGCAUACUAUUCCAGGCAGAAAACGAAUAAUAAAACCAUGGAUUACACCAGGCUUACUCCGUUGUAUUCGACAUAGAGAUAAACUUUUCCGUAGGUCUAGGCAAGAACCUGAUAAUGUCAUUAUUUCUGUGUCAUACAAAAGGUACAAAAAUUAUUGCAACAACUUGCUAAAAAGAGUUAGAUGUGAGUAUGAGCGGUCCCAGUUUGCUAAAAAUAAAAAUAAUAUCAAAGGUACUUGGAACGUAAUAAAAACCAUAACAAACAUGAAUAAAAGAAAUAAUUCUGAUGCACUUUUGUUUUUACAUGGGGAUCCUUACGUUUCCGUUGACCAGGUUAAUGAGUCCUUUAUCGGUGUGGGUGACAGGCCAAUGCCUGUCGCGGCUGAUAUCCCUCUUACAGUCCCGCUUGAAUAUGUUUCUGAGACAUCUUCUCAGGAUUCGAUGGCUUUAUUCACUACAGAUGAAAAGGAAAUCGAUUCUAUAAUUAUGAGUCUCAAAUUAAGUAGUGCCGUUGGUUGGGAUGGUAUUCCUACCUCACUCGUAAAGGCCACUAGACAUGUCAUGACGCCAGUUUUGAACCAUGUCUUUAACCUCUGUCUCACUACUGGUGUAUUCCCUAGUGUUUUUAAAAGGGCAAUUGUUCACCCUAUUUUUAAAAGUGGGAAUAGAGACAGUGUCUCAAAUUAUAGACCCAUUUCCGUGCUUUCUGUUUUCUCGAAAAUCUUAGAGAAAAU